AAAACCGCAAGCGGCGUCGUGACAGCGCCGCCGCGCUUGCCCGGAACCAUGGAGGCGUACGACGUGGGCGCCUACCUCGGGCGCGGCGGCUUCGCGACCGUGUUCCGCGCCAUCGAGCGGUCGAGCGGGCGCACGGUGGCGCUGAAGGUCGUGGACAUGGCCGCGCUCGAGGCCGCGGGCGUCAGCGCGUCGCGGCUCGACCGCGAGGUGGCGCUGCACGCGCCGCUGCGCCACGCGCGCGUCGUCGAGUGCUACGGCGCCUUCGAGACGUCGUCGCCGCCCGGCGCGGCGUUCGCGGGCGACGACGAGGCGCCCGGCGGCCGCUACACGGUGCUCGUGCUCGAGUACUGCGGCGGCGGCGACCUGCGGGCCCUCGUCCGGCGCCUGGGCCGCCUGGAGGAGCCCGCCGCCGCGGCGCUCCUGCGCCAGGUCCUCGAGGGCGUCGCGUACCUCCACGCGGCCGGCGUCGCGCACCGCGACCUCAAGCUCAGCAACGUGCUCCUGGGCGAGGGCGGCGCGAAGAUCUGCGACUUCGGCGUCGCCUGCGCGACGGGCGCCGGCGAGUGCCGCACGCUCUGCGGCACGCCCGACUACAUCGCGCCCGAGGUCGUCGCGCGGCGCGAGCCGCAGACGGAGUCCGUCGACCUCUGGAGCCUCGGGUGCCUCGCGCACGCGCUCCUCACGGGCCGGCCC